GAGAGAAAAUGUCACACAUAUAGGGAGUGUGGAAAAGCUUUUACUAAUUCUUCAAGCCUCAUGAAACAUCAUAGAAUUAAUACUGCGGAGAAACCUUACACUUGUGAAUAAUGUGGAAAAACCUUUAUUCAUUCUUCAAGCCUCAUUCGACAUCAUAGAAUUCAUACUGGGGAAAAACCUUACACCUGUGAAGCAUGUGGAAAAGCCUUUACUCAGUCCUCAAGCCUCAUUCAACAUCAUAGAAUUCAUACUGGGGAGAAACCUUACACCUGUGAAGAAUGUGGAAAAGCCUUUACUCAGUCCUCAAGCCUCAUUCAACAUCAAAGAAUUCAUACUGGGGAGAAACCUUACACUUGUGAAGAAUGUGGAAAAGCCUUUACUCAGUCCUCAAACCUCAUGGAACAUCAUAGAAUUCAUACUGGGGAGAAACUUUACACUUGUGAAGAAUGUGGAAAAGCCUUUACUCGGUCCUCAAGCCUCAUGCAACAUCAAAGAAUUCAUACUGGGGAGAAACCUUACACCUGUGAAGAAUGUGGAAAAGCCUUUACUCAGUCCUCAAACCUCAUGAAACAUCAUAGAAUUCAUACUGGGGAGAAACCUUACACCUGUGAAGAAUGUGGAAAAGCCUUUACUCAGUACUCAAACCUCAUGGAACAUCAUAGAAUUCAUACUGGGGAGAAACCUUACACCUGUGAAGAAUGUGGAAAAGCCUUUACUCAGUCCUCAAGCCUCAUGAAACAUCAUAGAAUUCAUACUGGGGAGAAACCUUACACAUGUGAAGAAUGUGGAAAAGCCUUUACUCAGUCCUCAAACCUCAUGGAACAUCAUAGAAUUCAUACUGCGGAGAACCCUUAUACCUGUGAUGACUGUGGAAAAGCCUUUAUUUGGUCCUCAAGCCUCAUGGAACAUCAUAGAAUCCAUACUGGGGAGAAACCUUACACCUGUGAAGAAUGUGGAAAAGCCUUUACUCAGUCCUCAAACCUCAUGGAACAUCAUAGAAUUCAGACUGGGGAGAAACCUUUCACUUGUGAAGAAUGUGGAAAAGCCUUUACUCAGUCCUCAAACCUAAUGGAACAUCAUAGAAUUCAUACUGGGGAGAAACCUUACACUUGUGAAGAAUGUGGAAAAGCCUUUACUCAGUCCUCAAGCCUCAUGAAACAUCAUAGAAUUCAUACUGAGAAGAAACCUUACACAUGUGAAGAAUGUGGAAAAGCCUUCAGUUAUUGCUUACACCUAACACAACACGAGAAAAUCCAUACUAGGUAGAAACUUUUACACGUGCAAAAUUGAAAAUUAAAAAUCAG